AUGUCUGAGCUCCUGUUGGUGUGUGUGAUCCUGCUCUCUGCCAUCACCUACACUCACACUGGACCAUGGGAACCGUGCACAGAUCUUCUACCGAUUGAUUUCCUGUUGCGGGUACUUCCUGUGAGUGGGGAGCCAGUGAGUGGGGUGAGAAUGGUUCAGUCAGGGGGGGCGCGAGGGCUCCAGUUCUCCACCUCCCCAGUAGCUCUCAGCUUCCCAUCAUCCCAGAUCUUCACCAACUGUCAUCUCUUCCCUGCCGAGUUCUCCAUUGUACUCACACUUAAAAGCUCACGCUUGCCACCAGAGAGAGAGGAGUAUGUGUUCUCUUUGCUGGACGAGGACUCCGACACCCUCCUGCUUGGCCUUCGUCUGUCCUAUAACAAACUCCACUUCCUGCGAUCAGGCUCCAGGGGCAAUAAACGCAUCUCUUUCAGAUCUGUGGGGUUAGCAGAUGGGAGCUGGCACACAGUGGUAUUGGCAGUGACAGGAAUUUACACCAUCCUCACUGUGGACUGCAGCAUGCCCCUUGAACUGCGUAACGAGGACCCAUUCCCUUCCGAUCUCUCCACCAAAGGUUCUAGAUUUUUUAUUGGAAGUCGGAGAAGGUGGAAAGGCUUGUUUUCUGGUCUAAUGAGACAGCUGGUUCUGCUACCAGGCUCUGAUGCAACCCCACACAUAUGCCCCUCCUUGAAGCCACAAUUGGCUGUUUUCUCAAUUCCCCCUGUACUGCUUCACCUGCCAGUCAAACCUCCAACCAAUCAGCUCCCUUUCUACCCCUACGAGGCUGAGGUUCGGGUGACUCAAGGCUACAGGCCCCCUUGUGGCAGUGCUGAGGAGGGCCAGCUUUGGUUUAACACACACACACCAGAGUUGUCCCUGUGUGACGGACAUAUGUGGAUCCCCCUGCUGCAAGAGAAAAAGAGGCUGGAUUAUGUUGAGGAUUACCAGGACCUGUUCACUAACUCUGAGACCUUUGACAUGGAGGUGUUCCAGAUCCCGUCUGUGGGUCUGUUUGUGGCGGCUGCUAACCGAGACUCCAGACCCGGUUCGGGCAUUUAUAAAUGGACUGAUGGCAAGUUUAAGCUGUAUCAGAAUUUAAGCACUUAUGAUGCACAGGCCUGGAAAUUCUUCACAGUGGGUAAAAAGAGAUUCCUGGUGGUCGCAAACUCUAGGAGUAAGAGAGAAGGGAAGCAAGAGCUGUCUGUCAUUUAUAAAUGGAGCCCCAGACAGCAGAAAUUUCUCCCUUAUCAGACCAUCCACACGCACAGUGCACGUGACUGGGAGGCCUUCCACAUACAGGGCGAUACCUUCCUAGCAGUGGCCAAUCACAGACGAGAAGAUAACAGCCACAAUAUCGACAGUGUGAUCUACAAGUGGAAUCCAGGGACCAAGAUUUUUGAGGUCAACCAAACCAUCCAGACAUCAGGAGCAUAUGACUGGGAGUUCUUCACUGUUGGGCCCUAUUACUUCUUAGCAGUGGCAAACACUUUCAAUGGACUGUCCACAUACAUCAACUCCACCAUUUACAUUUGGCUAAAUGGAAUGUUCCAUCCUUUCCAGUUCAUUAUGACGGCUGGUGCGACUGAUUGGGAGAUGUUUCAGAUUGAGUCCAGGUUUUUUCUGGCUGUGGCCAAUGGUCAGAUGUUAAGUGAGAGAGGACCUAACCUACACACCAUCAACUCCACAAUUUAUGAACUGGAUAUGACUUCUAAGACCUUCAUCAAAUUUCAGGACAUCUUAACCAACAGUGCUGUGGACUGGGAGUUCUUCACUGUUGGAGAUGAGAAGUUUCUGGUGGUGGCGAAUUCCUAUGAUGGAAACUCUUACUCACAGAACAGUGUUAUAUACAGGUGGCAGGGGUAUGAAGGGUUUGUUCCAGUGCACAGACUGCCAACCAUUGGCUGCAGAGACUGGGAAUUCUUUAACACGACUGAAGGCUCUUACCUCAUCUACUCCAGCGCCACAGUGCCACUCUCCAAAAUCUUCAAAUUAAAGACUUAUUAA